AUGGUAGAAAAUCAGGGUUACAGUGAGUUUGCUAUGGAAAAUAAUCGAGCUAACAAAUGGUGGCAUCACCGACGGAUGAAGAUCAUCUGUAUAUCUUUCAUCGUUGUAAUAAUUUUUGCAGUGACGCUCUUUCUAGUUUUAAAAUUUGUCAUUCUUGCACCAAACAGGUUAGAAACUACCACGUUAUUACCGUCAACUACAACAUCAGUGCUAACACCGCUAACGACAACAGCAAUAACGACCACUACAACUACUACAGCUACAACAUCGCUAACGAUCACAAUAACAACAACAACAACAACUACUACUACGAUAACUACAACUACUGCAGUAACAGCAUCCACAAUAACAACAACAUCUACAACGAUAACUACAACUACUACAGCAGCAACAUCUCUAACAACCACAAUAAUAACAACAACAACAACAACAACUACUACGACCACAACUCAGCAGUUAGAAUGGAUAAAUACUGGUAGUAUGAUUCAAGCACGAACUGGUCACGUAGCGUUCGUUUUAAAUAAUGGAAAAGUAUUAGUUACUGGUGGACAGAGCGGCGAUCGUCUAAAUAGUACUGAGUUGUAUGAUCCAUCAACAGGAAUGUGGAUAGCUACUGGUGACUUGAAUAAUGCACGAUCUGACUUCGCAGCAGCUAUAUUAACAAAUGGAAAAGUGUUAGUUACUGGUGGACAUAACGCCGAUGGUGAUUAUCUAAAUAGUACUGAGUUGUAUGAUUCAACAACAGGGAUGUGGACAGCUACUGGCGACUUGAAUAAUGCACGAUUUGAUCACACAGCAUCCGUAUUAACAAACGGGAAAGUAUUAGUUACCGGCGGAUAUUAUUAUGAUCGUCGUAUAAACAGUUCUGAGUUGUAUGAUCCAGUAACAGAAAUUUGGACAAUAACUGGUAGUCUGAAUGAAGCACGAUCAGGUCAUACAGCGUCCGUAGUAACCAAUGGAAACGUAUUAGUUACUGGUGGAUAUAAUCAUAAUCAACUAAAGAGUGCUGAGUUGUAUGAUCCAAAUACAGGGAUUUGGACAACUACUGAUAGUAUGAAUGACGCACGAGAAUAUCACAGAGCAUCCGUAUUAACAAAUGGAAAAGUAUUAGUUACUGGUGGACUGAAUGAUCAUGCUCUAAAGAAUUGUAUAUUGUAUGAUCCAUCAACAAAAACAUGGACAAAUACUACUGACAUGCACCAUGUACGAUGGGAUCACACAGCAUCCGUAUUAACCAAUGGAAAAGUAUUAGUUACUGGCGGAUCCGGUAGUAGUUUUCUAAAUAAUGUUGAGUUGUAUGAUCCAUUCACAGCAACUUGGACCACUAUUGCUCAUAUGAAUCAUGCACGGUCUGGUCAUACAGCAUCCAUACUAACAAAUGGUAGAGUGUUAGUUACUGCUGGAUUUAACGGUGUUAGUGCUGCAUUACCAUACUGGUGUGGUCUUUAUUCAGCUCGCUAUUCUCCAUGUGAUCCACAACAAUGUUGUUGCAUUGAAAAUCUGUUUUAUAUUUCGACACCAUAUCCAUUCAAUGAAACAAGCAUUAGAUUUCGUUUUG